CUGACUAUGGCCCUCGUUUAUCACUGAACAACCAGAGCUGUGUAAACAACAGGAAAUAACCGCAGACAUUGUGGGAUGUGAAAGCUGCAUUUUCGUUGCUUGGCAGCAAUUUUCAGCUUUUCAUAAGCGUACAUCAUUUUAUUGCUAUACAUGCUAUUGAACCAGCCUAUCAGAAGGCUCGUUACAGUUGACGUCGAAAGCAAUAACAACCAUGCCGUUACCGAACAACACUAAGGGUUCGCUGUUCAGCAGGGGAAAUUCUGGAAAGGCGAGUGGCCAAACCAAGCCAGGACUAUCUACCUCCCCGGUCAGGGGGUUCAAGAUGGGAAACGGGGCCAGCUCGGCUUCUUCAACGCUAGAUGGUGAUAGUCAUGAACACAUAAAUAACAAGAAGUUGAUCCCAGAUUUAAGAGCAGAAAUCAAAAUUCGUGAUGCGAAAAUAUUGAAAUAUGAAACAGAAUUGUUGGAAAGGAAACGUUUACUGGAGGAAAAGUGUGAGGAAAUUACAAAAUUACGAGCUGAAGUUGACAAAUUACAAUCAGUGUUACAAAUUAAAGUUCACAAGGAUGCUGGGAAUCCGGACAUUUUGGCGACAAUUCAUGAAAAUGCGUCGGUGCCUGGACAAGAAGGGCGAAGCAAGAAACAGGGAGUUUCUGCUGAGAGCCCUAUGUCCAGUCAGCAUGGAACAGUCGUGGAAAUUAAGAGACAUGAAAAGGAAUUCAGGUCCAAACAGUUAAUAAAAGAUGCAAUUCUAGACAACGACUUUUUGAAAAACCUAGACUCCACUCAGAUACGAGAGAUUGUAGAUACGAUGUACGAGAAACAGGUGAAGCAAGGGCACUACAUCAUACGAGAAGGCGAAAGUGGACAGCACCUUUAUGUAUCAGCAGAUGGAGAAUUGGAGGUGCUUAAAGGGUCCAAAGUACUGGGCAAAAUGGUGGCUGGUCGCGCCUUCGGAGAGUUGGCCAUCUUGUACAACUGUACAAGAACCGCGUCUGUCCGAGCCCUGUCUGACGUGAAGGUAUGGGUACUAGACCGACGUGUGUUCCAGGCCAUUAUGAUGAAGACCGGUAUACAACGACAGGACGAAAACAUCCGCUUCCUCAGGAGCGUUCCGCUUUUGAAAAAACUGCCGACGGAAAAAUUAGCAAAAAUAGCGGACGUUUUAGAAGUGGACUUUUUCCACGAGCGCGAAUACAUCAUCAGGGAAGGCGGAACUGGUGACACGUUCUUUAUCAUAAACAAAGGAGAGGUCGAGGUGACACAGAAGAUAGCAGGGUUUGAUGAUCCACAGCUCAUUAGAAGCCUCAAACGUGGUGAUUACUUUGGCGAGAAGGCGUUACUCAGGUGGGUGUUUCGCUCGAUCCAUCACGCUGGAUUGUCUAGUGGUGGUAAUGGGAGUGAAAUGCCACUCUCUCCGAUGCGGGAGAAGGUGGACAAGGAGUACCAGGAAAUCCAAUUGGACCACCUCGAGCUGGUGGCUACCCUGGGCAUGGGAGGAUUUGGUCGUGUCGAAUUGGUACAACUAACGACCGAUCGAACAAGAACGUUUGCGCUCAAGUGCCUUAAGAAAAAACAUAUAGUGGACACAAGACAACAGGAACAUAUUUAUUCUGAAAAGAAGAUUAUGAUGGAGUCGAACUGCGGGUUCAUCGCAAGGAUGUACAAAACGUUUAAAGACAAGAAGUACGUUUACAUGCUGAUGGAAGCGUGUUUAGGAGGGGAGCUCUGGACUAUACUACGAGACAGGGGCUACUUUGACGACGCCACGGCACGGUUCUGUGUAGCAUGUGUUGUAGAAGCAUUCCAUUUCCUGCACGAUCGUGGUAUCAUCUACCGGGAUCUGAAGCCGGAGAAUCUACUGCUGGACGCUAAUGGAAUUGUGAAAUUGGUUGACUUUGGGUUUGCUAAGAAGAUGGCACCGGGCCGGAAGACCUGGACGUUCUGUGGUACUCCGGAGUAUGUUGCCCCGGAAAUCAUCCUUAACAAAGGCCAUGACCGAGCUGCUGACUACUGGUCACUCGGAAUACUCAUGUUUGAACUUCUUACGGGGAGCCCGCCGUUUACUGGCACCGACCCAAUGAAGACAUACAAUAUCAUCCUCAAAGGCAUUGAUUCCAUUGAAAUACCUCGCAAGAUCAGCAAGAUAGCGAAUGUUCUCAUCAAAAAGCUGUGCAAAGACAAUCCUGCCGAACGACUGGGAUACGGCAAGAACGGGAUAUUAGAAAUUAAAAAACACAAAUGGUUCCAGGGAUUUGAUUGGGACAGUUUAAACAGUAGGAAGAUUCUGCCCUCUAUCAUUCCAAAGGUGCGGGGCCCGACAGACUAUAGUAAUUUUGAUAGUUACCCUAAAAGUAUAGACGUGCCACCAGAUGAACUGUCGGGAUGGGAUUUCGACUUUUAGUUGUGUGACUUCAAUGGAGCCGGAUUUGCCAAAACACAUAUUCUCAUAGACUUCUGAUACACCUGUAGCAGUUCAGUUGGCCUCUGAACCAGUUGGAUAAACUGUUUAGUUUAAUUUUAAAAAAUGUACUCUUGCAAAACGAUCUGUUUGUUAGGUGUUCAGUUUGUAUAAACCUUGUCAGUGAAAUAGGUUUAUAUACAGUUGACGAUCUUAUUGGGUUAUCUAUACCAGAUUGGACAUAUUUAUAACUCCAGGAUUUAAGAGUUUAUUGAUUGUAUUCAAUCGUAGUUAGUUAUAUCAAAUGAGAUCAAACAAACAUCAAUUAAAUAUUUUUGUUAAUAUACUAUUAUUGUUUGACAAACGAAUUCUUACGUUUCUCCAAACAAGGUUUACACAGUGGUAAUGGUCAUCUCUGGGGAAUGCCAAGAAAACAUUGUUAAUGAAAAAUUAAAUAAUAAGAUUGUUUAAUUUAAUGUGAAUCUCCUAAUUCUCUUCGUAAACUCCACUGCAUGUAUUGUGUUAAGAUAUUAUCAUGACACAAAAAAAACCCAUUUUUUUUCGGAAAACAAUUUCCGAUACUGUGGUAUUUAUCUGGAAGUGUGUCAUCAUACAUAGAAUGUCUUAAAAGUAGUCAGGAAUCCUAGAAAAAGCGGUAUAGGAACUAGACAGGAAUCCCAAGAUAAAGCUGUUCCUAUGCUGUAUAGGAACUAGACAGGAAUCCCGAGAUAAAGCUGAUUAGGAACUAGACAGGAAUCCCGAGAAAAAGCUGUAUAGGAACUAGACAGGAAUCCGAGAUAAAGCUGUAUAGGAACUAAACAGGAAUCCCGAGAUAAAGCUGUAUAGGAACUAGACAGGAAUCCCGAUAUAAAGCUGUAUAGGAACUAGACAGGAAUCACGAGAUAAAGCUGUAUAGGAAUUAGACAGGAAUCCGACAUAAAGCUGUAUAGAAACUAGACAGGAAUCCGAGAUAAAGCUUUAUAGGAACUAGACAGGAAUCCGAGAUAAAGCUGUAUAGGUAUUUUUACAGUGUAUACACGAAUCUUCUCUGUAUUCACUACUUUCUCACAUUGACAUACUACGUUCGUGCAAUCUCUCAUACUGGCCCGGGGUGUGACCCGCCACGUCUCUGAUGGACGUGCACUGGAUUACGUCACUGUGCCCCGCUGUAUCCUUUAGUGGUAUUGGAAUCAACACGGGCUGUCCGUAGUAAGUUAACCUAGCGUAGAAGUGAAUGAUUGUGUAAUAUACCAUACCAUAAGACAGAAUUACUCAUUAGUAGUAAUCGCAGUGUCAUAGGUUGUCCUAUCAUCGUGAACUUUCGUCCAUAAAGAAAACGCAAUACCAUCAAUAUAUCAUAUACAUAUUGCUGACAAAAUGGGUGUUUCGUAUUCAGAACGGAUGGUCGAUAGUCUAUAUACAGAAUAAAACAGUAAGGACUGGUACAAGUAGGUGUAUAGUAUCCAAAGCAUUAUAUGUUAACAUGUCGUUGUUGUUAACAAGAUCGUGGUGUCAUUUCUGUUCAUGAAACAAUACAGUAUCAAAUAAGUUGCUAACCUAGUAAUGUCUAGCCCAAAGACUUUAAUGGCUAUAUAUAACUCAUUUUGUUCUUUUUAAGUGAUAAUUUAGUGAUAGUUUAAUUUAAAACGUUUAAUUUAAGACGGUGGUACCUAGCUGAAGAUCGCCGCAUACUGUGAGUGGUCCGACCAAGGCCAGGCUUUCACGUGUUCUACGUCAGUACGACAAUUGCUGUAGUGUCCAUCUGGAAGUUAAUUCCUGAUCAAUACCUGUUUAUUGAUUCUUUCAGAGCUCCAGGCUAUCUAUUAAUUACGAGGAAAUGGACGUGAUGUUGAAGCUUACAGAGGUCAUAAAAUGUCACUUAAUACAUGAUAAAAUACAAGAUUGAUGAAAAACAAGAUUGUACCAUCAUAGGUAUAUGUACUUUCAAUAUGCAUGGCUAUAGAAGUCUGGACGAUGACAACUUCAUUAUCAACAAUGGUGGAUAAAUAGUCUUACAAUUUGCUAGGAACAACUAUAUCGUACAUCAGAUUCAUAAGGUGAACAGAAUUAUCUGCCCUAAGGACUCAGGUUUAUCCGCUUCAACAAUAAUUGCUUUGUAAACUAUUUGAAUGAACUAUUUGAAUGUGCACGUUACAUCAAAGCUGUACUCUAGUGAUGCUAUUUGUAAUUCGUUUGUUUACUGAACACUAAAUCAAAAUUGAAUUCUUUCACAAUAACGCAACGUUGGUUAGUUUUAUCAUUAAGGAACACAACACUUUGUUUUAAUGGUAUAUAAACAACACUUUGUUUAACGGUAUAUAAACAACACUUUGUUUAACGAUGCAUAAGCAACAUUUUUUUAAACCAGUGUUUAAGCAACACUUUGUUUUGAAGGUAUAUACUAAAUACUUCUUAACUGUGUAUAUCAGAUACAACCCUUUCUUGUCCACAAAAUCAGCCUUUCUUUCAAAAAAUUCAUUAUAGUUAACAAUAACAACAACAACCAUAUUGUCUGAAAAAAAAAAUCAAAAAAAUCAACAACAACUUUCUUAUACAUGUAUCGAAACAUAGUUGAAACAUCAUUUCAUUAUUGCAGAUAUUAUAUUUUCUUGUACAAAAAAAGUUGAAAUAGAAUUCAAAGUUGUUAUUUUAACAUCAAUCAUGUUGUAUCGUUCCAAAAAGAAAACGGGCUAAAAAGAUAUCUUUAUUUUUUGUUUUGAUUUAUUUAUUUGUAAACAGGUAUUUUAUCUUAAGAGUUGUGUUAAUCAUUGAUCUGUCAAGUUUUGAGUGACCAAUGUUCUCAUUAGUAUGCAUGUAAUGGGAUAAUGAUAUUCUCCUGCCGAUUUCUAUUUCCGGCAAAUGAAACAUGUGUGCGUCAUGAUGUUUUCCUGUGGUAUGUCACAUUAUAUCAUUCGCUAGAAUAUUAAAUACGUUCGAAUAUAGAAAGUUUGCAAUGUUACUGUUUGUGAUAGGAUUUUCCUUUUUAGAAUAAUCGGGUCAACGUGUUCAAUUUUUCACAAUUGGAGUCAAUCAAGAGGGUUACAUGUGUCAUGUCUUGUACAUAAAAAGAUAAUUUUGUCCCAUAAUUAUGUGUUUUUAUCCUUCAUGGUUUAUUACCCUAAACAUUUUAUUGUGAAAAAACUAUUCAAUUAGUUUUGCCUACUUAAUUUUUUUUUCAAAAAGGAAACGAAAAUCUGAAAUUGUGAUUGGUAUUCUUUGGUUGCAGCUACAAGUAUAGAAAAUGUACUUGCAUAUAAUAUAUUAGAGUCGAAUAUUUUAAUCCUCAGGAUUCAUCGUAAUGUUAUUUUCCUAGUCUAUGUUUUUGAUUUAUACUGUUUUUCUAUGACACGAGCAUAUACGUCAUUAUACUUCUACGACAUUGGAUUUGUUACAAAUGUAUGACAUUGACGUAUUUUCUAGCAAGUUAUUGAUAUACUUUGAUAUAUUAUACAGCAUGAUAUUGAUUCUGUAGCAAUGUAUAGAUAUUCAUUGGCGCAUUAUCCAGUAUGAUCUGAAGCAGUGUACAGUAUACAAUGUAUGAAGUGUAUAUAUUCAUUCCACAGUCGUAUUUUACAUUGGUAUUUUAAUUAAAGUAUCUUAAGAAUCUAUGAUUAACAUUAUUAUAUAUGUAAUAUAUAAUAAAUAUAGCGUUCAUUUGUUAAACAAAUGGAAUCAUUGAACUUUCACGAUAAUUUUUCUUCCCAUUUAACAAAAUGGUUCGCGACAAAUUGAUUUACGGAAUGUAAAUGUUUACCGAUUCUUGUAGAAAGUCACAUUGUUAAAGAGAAAGGGCUUUAUAAAUGUAAUAUUGAAUGAUUAUGCGCAAUGAUUGUUUUAUUGGUGGGAGUGUUCGGAUAACGCAACGAAAGUUGGUGCUUCUCUGUUGUAGCAAUACUCAAAUGAUGAGUUUUGUUUUGUAAAUGAUACAUGCUAUAUCUCUCAGAAGUAGCAGAUGCCGGUUGUAAAACUUUUCACUAAACCUGGGUAUUUCAAAACGAGAAUAGAUUUAACACGAUAACAUAAAAGAGAUUUUCAUUGACUUCGAAAUGUUUCUUUAAAGCAAAUGAUGCGUUAGCAUAGGUCAUUGAAUUUCAAUAACAACUGUUUAUUGAAGAGCUGGAAUAUGUUAUAAAAUUGAUGUUUUCUUCAUUUUUUGUAAGGAUUUCGUUCUAUCUGUUAAAAAAGGGGCCAAUAUCGAAAUUGUUCUUAGAAUGUAGUGAAUGUGUAUGCUUCAAAAGUAUGCAGGUAUUAAUUCAAUAAUGUUUGGUUGCACGUUCAAAGGCAUUGGGAAUUUUUAAUACAAUAAUAAAUCAGAUACGUUAAGACAUAUCAGGAUAAUAAGUAUAAUACUCAGUUGAUAUCAUCAGGUGAAUUUGGAAAGUAUUGUAUUAAAUAGAAAAUAUAUAUGAGGAUAUAGGGAAAGUAUAAUGUUAUAAUGAUAAUACAAAUCAGGAUUAUUUGGAAAGUAUUCUAUGCUGACAAAACGUGGGAAAAGCUAAUAUAGGGAGAAUACUGUAAUACCUAAUAAUGUUAGGAUUUUAGGGAAGAAUGUAACACUUCAUAGGUUCUAUCCAUCAGCACGUUGGUUAAAUCCAAUUCUAUACUAUUAUAUGAGAAAAUGCGCAUAAGGAUGUUGAGAAAUGUUCAUUUGAAAAGUAUGCAUGGUUAAGUAGUUAUCAGGUAAGGUUUUACCUCAAAAUUAGAUUGUGAAUAAUAUAAAAUAUAUAUUGUUAUAUCACGUGAUAUUUUGUCAUGUGUACCGUGUGUGUGUGGAUUGAUAAAGCGCUAUUGUUAUCGGUAUUAUGGAUCCAAUUUCAAUUGUGACGUCAUGAUAUUAGCAAUAAUGUUAAACUUUUGCUAGUAAAUUGCGGAGAAAUGUAUAAUUUCUAUUUGUUUGAAGUGAUUCUUGGUAAAGUAGUAGACAGUAUCAUGAUGUUAGCUUUUAAAGCCAUUGAAUAAUAUUAAAUUGUAAUAGAAUUUCAUCAAAAGGUCAUUUUCUUAUGAAAUAAAUCUGAGAUCAAAGAUGUUUCGCGUGUUUACGUACAUAAAGUUUUUGAAAUUUGCGAUUGAGAUUGAGAAAUGCAUACAUUAUGAUAAAUGUGUCUUAUGUUCCUGGGGUGGAGAAAUACAAAAAAAACACAUGAACGAUGUACGUGUGUUAUGCAAUUAUAUAUUAUACGUACAUCAAUUCAUGGUGUGUAAAGUAGCGUAGUCAGUCAUGUUACCCGAGAUUAAUUCAUGUGAUAUAAGUAAAUAUAUAGUAUAUAUACGGUAUAUAUAGAUAGAUAUAUAUAAAUUAUAUGUAGGUAUAUAUAAAGU